AUGGACAGGGUGGUUAUCGUUGGAGCAGGUCUGUACGGAUUGAUCGCGGCUAAGACAUACCUCCAAGUAACGGGAGCCUACGAUGAUGCAGAAGCAGAUAAAGCAGAUGAAGCAAGCAACCUGACAGCAAUACCAGCAUGUUUUACAGAAGAUGCAACGCCGUCCAUGAAAGAAUCCCAGAAUCGCCUUCUCGUGAUCGACUCGGCAUCGGACAUCGGGGGUACCUGGGCCGAAGAGCGUCUUUAUCCAAACUUGCUGAGCCAGAACUCAUACGGACUAUAUGAGUUUAGUGAUUUACCUUUAACCGAUGUUGUCCCGGAAGACGAGAGCGAUACUGGCGACACCAGGAGCCAGUUCAUCGCAGGCUGGAAAAUACGACGCUAUCUGCGGGCAUGGGUCGCAAAGUGGAAGCUCGAUCGGCAUGUACGCUUGAAAUGGACGGUUGGGAGCGUGUGUCGCUUGGAGAGCAAGGAGUGGAAGCUGAGCAUUAGUCUCUCCACGACUCCAGCUCGCCACAUCACUGUCAUCUGCGACAAGUUGGUUCUGGCUACCGGAUUGACCUCGGUGCCAAAUUUGCCUGAAAUUACAGAUUCACUUGGGACAACUGACCAUGCCACUCCCGUGAUACAUGCCAAGGAUGUUGGAGGAUGGGCUCGGCAAUACCUAGGGUACCAACCGCUGGAGCCUCCAACUGUAGAUAUUCAUGCCUCGAGGGAUGAAGCUGAGUACCCGCAAUUGCGGUCCGUGGCUAUCUAUGGUGGUGCAAAGUCAUCGUUCGAUCUGGUGCACUUUUUUGCGACCCUCCACCGCAAAGAUCCAAAGCUGCACCUCAAAUCCAAACAGAACAACCCAGUCCAGGUGCAUUGGAUUAUUCGCGACCAGGGGGCAGGGGUUGCGUGGAUGGUGCCACCGACAUCCACCCUCCCCAAUGGAGACACAGUUCCAAGCGACAAGGCGGCAAGCACUCGGUUGCUCACUUACCUCACCCCAUGUUGCUACAUGAUUCCCAAGCGCCUUUCGCGUAAAGGAGUGUGGGGUUUGCGAUGGGAGGGGUCAUGGCUGAUUAGACUGUUGCACGGGAAUCCUUUCGGACGGUGGUGGGUUCGGUGGUUUUGGCGGUCCGUUGAUCGAAGCUUGGAAGAGUCGGCGCAGUAUGGGACAGAUGCAAAGAUGGAAUUGCUUCGCCCAGCAAACAGUGUGGUUUCGUGCGCAUCAGGUAUUGGGAUUGCAAACCAAGGCGACCUCUGGGAGGCAAUCCGACUACCCCAUGUCGCUGUUCAUCGAUCGACUAUCACAAAAAUCGUGGCAUCCGAGGAACAAGCUGCCACAGAUUCAUCCAAGCGUGCUGUGGUGCAUUUAGCUGACCAUACCUGUGUUGAGCCAGUCGACCUGGUAAUCCACGCCACUGGAUACAAACCGAUCGUUCCAAUCCAGUUUGAACCGGCCUCCCUUCGUCUUGAGCUGGGGCUUUCUGCUUUGGUGACAAGCGAUAAUCAAAACACGAGUGACAAUAUUCACAAAGCAACCGAAUCCCCGGAAAAGAUCCAAGGGCUGCUAAAGCCAAGCAUCAAAGAUCGCCUAAUGCACCUGGAGGACAUAGAUCAACGGUCGGAAGUCACAGUGCGACAGACUUUGCAGGCUACCGGAUGUACCCCCAUGGAUCGUAGUGCCCCUUCCUGGACCCAAUCUGACAAAUUGAUUCCGUAUCGACUGUUCCGACGGAUGAUUGCCCCUGAACUGGUUGCUCAGGGUGACCGUUCUUUUGCCACGCUUGGUGUGAUCUUGUCAUCCACAAUUGCGGUCAUUGCUGAAGUCCAAGCCCUCUGGGUCGCCGCCUUUCUGACCGGGGGACUAGACAUACAGGCGACUGACCCAUGUGGAGCCCUCUCCCUUGAAGCCCUUUCGCUAGAUACAAUGGAUCAUGCUGUAUCCGAGGACGCGGUGCUUGGUUCGAUGACAGGGAGUGGCCUUGAAGUGGACGCGAUCCAGUAUAACGACAUGCUGUUGCGCGAUCUAGGCAUAAAUCCAAACCGACUAGGCGGAGGAACCUACCAAGAGCUGACUGGGGUGUAUGGGCCAUCUGCGUACAAAGGGAUCGUUGACGAGUGGAAGCAACUUCGAACUUCGAGAAAUCAACAGUAA